AUGACGUCCGGUCGUAUCAUCAUGCAGCUGAUCGAGGCGACGCCGAUCGAUCCGUUGGAUGUACCUCGUGGCUGGACCGUCCAAGAGCUCAGUGCACAGCACCAUACGUUCGUCAUGGCGCACAUCUGGACCAAGAUCAAAGACCUUGCAGCAGUCGUUGCACAAAGCAUUGUCGUCCAACGCCGCCAGAAGACGGCGAUGAAUUUGCUUGCCAGCGCGCUAAAGCUGCCAGCAGGCUCGUCAAGCAACUCGUCCUCGAGCGCGCCAACGACAGCUGCGCAGAUUGUCGCUGAUGAGAUUUACGUGCUGCAGUCCAUUACUGACCAGGACGACUGGCCUGAACCUGCUGACCUUUGCCAAUGGUAUGCACAAAAGCAUAAUCAGAUGUCAUGUAUCUCGCAAGUUGCGCUGGCCGUUCUCGCUAACAAGUCGUCAUCGGGCGGACUCGAGUGCGACCUGGGCUGUAUGACCGAUGUGAUCGCUCCGAAACGGUCGGCGAUGCGUACUGGCAUGGUAGAGAUCAACAUGUUCAUCAAGAUCAACAAGAAACUGAUGAAAACCAAUCCUGCAGACGUCGUCUUGCUAGACAAGAAAUGGCAGGAUCGCAUUCCACGUCGCCCUGCCAUGGCACUGUACGAUGUGGAACAGGACGGCAUCGACAGCGACGACAACAGCUUUGAUAUCGAGGAGAUUGGUGAUGACGACGCCGCGCUGUGCUAA